AUGACGUCAUCUGUUGGACAGUUCAUUGUCUUGGCUGGGUUAACCAAAAUGGUUGCCGCUCUCGAGUUUAUUGCCACCAAUAAUUUCAUCAUCAUGAACUCAAUAGACCACAAUCUAACUCCAGAUGUUGUGGGUGACCCUAUAAGUUCAGAUGUUAGAUAUCAUUAUUUCGCAACGAUUUGGCAGAAUAACACAGAUCUGAAAUCGAAUAGAGGUCUAGAAGUUAAUAGGUUGAUUAGCAAGGUCACAGCCAAUCCAAUCAUGACCUUGAAUCGCUUCAAUAUCACUUAUCACUAUCCAUAUCAUCAAAACAAUAUCAGUCGUUACUGUAGCUACAUCACAGAAUCUACAAAAUUAGUUAUGAUUACCAAUAAAUCAUUUGCUUCCGUGAUCUUCUUUGGAACCUUCAUCGUUGGAGUACCAUUCCCGCCACUCAACAAUAUUUGGGAGGUAGAUUACAAAGUUCCAACCCUAAACGCCGUUAAAGAUGUAAUUGAGGUCGUUUGCAACUCAACAACCUCCGUUUGCUCAGAAGCCAUCAACUCUUCAUCAAUUCUUACCGAAAACUCGACGGUCCACUUGAUCAACAAUACUUCCAACCCUAAAGGACUAGGUGACCAGUGUUCAUUGAACAAAGACUGCCGUGAUGUUAUUUACUCCAAGUGCUUCAACGGAACCUGCUCUUGCCAGACCAACUACAUUCCUGUUGACGGAAGAUGCAAAGGCUUGAUAGAAGAACCUUGUGAGGAAGAUUCCGACUGUGGAGUUGAUGGUUCCACGUGCAGAGCUCAAAUUUGCAGGUGCCAGACCGGUCUCCAAUCAUCAGCAAACCACAGCCUUUGCCUUCCAUUGGCUCAAGGCUUGCACAAGCACUGCUCCAAUGACCAAGGCUGCAAGACAGCGUUUUCCAACUGCGCCAAUGGAACCUGCUCCUGCAGGGACAAUUAUGCUACGCAUGAUGGAGUCUGCUAUGGUCUACCUGGCGCCCAGUGUCAUCUGUCCAAGGAUUGUGUCUCUGUGCCCUACUCCUGCAAGUCAGGAACUUGUCAAUUAUCAAUCUACGAGUUGAAUGGCAAACAUAUUCUAUCAAAAUCAGAAGUUCCUUCAUUUAUCGAGGUAUGGAAUCCAAUUAAAGAGAAAAUCCGUGAUGGUGUGCAAAUAGAAGUGUCUCCAAAUGGUUUACCGUUGUAUCUAACUCGUACUAAUCUCUCCGACGUCUUCUGGAUAAUUAAGGGUCCUUCAAAGUGGAGAAAGUCGGGUUACACUCUUGACGAGGCUAUUCCUAGAAUCGACCUGGUAGUUGGUAAUUUGAAUCUUUAUUGUCGUAUUAAACUUGACCAAGACCGACAAUAUGGACGGCUUGAGCCUCCUUAUUAUGAUAAGUGCAUUGUUAAUGUUGGUAAUGAUGUAUCUGUGUAUGAUAGUUUUGAAGCUCUAGUUGGAAAGUAA